AUGACUCCACCAAGCAAUUGGUGGCUGCCGAUGGUGGAUCCUCCGCUGGGGGUGCCAACCAUAAACCUAGCCGACUACGAAUAUGACACGCGCUUGGGCUGGGGUUCCAUCGGAUAUGUCGACAGGGUCCGACACAAACCCACCGGCCGACUUUACGCGCUGAAAGCUGUUCGCAUCCACGACCACCAGCGCUGCCAAAAUAGGGUGAGGGAGUACAUGGCCCUUGCUCCCACACUUGACUAUCGAUCCAUCGUCAAAUGUCACGGUGUUCAAACAGAGCGAGGUUACAGCCGCUUGUUGUAUGACCUCAUGACCUCCCCUCUCAGCGGCUUCCAAACUCAUGAUAUGGAAAUACUUUCCCAUAUUGCGGAUAACAUCUUGUUUGGCCUGCAAUACCUGAGGAAGAAGAACAUUGUCUUCAAAUUUCUCAGUCCUUCCAAUAUAUUCUACGACGACGCUGAUAUGGCUUUUAAGAUUGGUGAUGUCGGGGCUCCUAAGGAUCUCUUGUUUGAUCUAGAUUGCCAGCCCGUGCCAAAUGUAGAAGCGGAACGGUACGUGGCCCCUGAGCUCUUGAGUUAUAUGGUGCGUUUGUCUGUUGAAGGGGUGGAGAAUUGGGAUGUGUGGAGUCUUGGGAUGUGUCUGCUCGAGUUCUAUUUGGGGAAAUUUCCCAUUGACUAUGACAAGAGGAAGGAUACCAAGGGUGUUUCCCUGCCAUUUUUUAUGGCUGGGAUGCCGAAUCCUCCUCGAGCACCCCCCGAAGCAUGGCCACCUUUCCGGCAUUUCAUCGAGUUGUGUCUCCAGCGGAGUCCAGCUGACAGGGCCAGUGUCGACCAACUGCUGUCUCACGAGUUUGUACUCACAUUUGAUUUUGAACACCAAGAGGGGAAGGGGAAAAACGAAGGGGAUAGACUAGACUAA